UAGGGAAGGGAGGGGAGAGAAGAGAAAACUAAGACAACCGGCAACUUACUGUCUACACACUCAGAGAGCAGAAGAAUCAGAAAAACCACACUCACUCACAGAUAUUCUCACACACACGGUUUCACUGUUAAACCAGGGAUUGAUGCCUGCUUCUGACAAAACGUUUCACCUCCUGUCAUCUGAAGGAAAAGUAAACUUCAAGCAGAGAAGAGGAUCUGUGCAGAAGAGAGGAAGACUCAGUGGGGAAAGGUUGCUGCCUCUGUUUCGGAUUCACACAGAGAUAUAUUCUUUUACUGUACAGACAGCUUCAUGGGUGAAAGAUGAGUCUCCAGCUGCUGGUUGACUGUGAGUGUGUGAGUUAUUCUGCAAUGGAGGACGUUUCCCAGCAGACUCAGUGACUCCCACCGCCACCUAUGCCUCCUGCUGAAUGUGGAAAGCCUAGGAUGGAAGACCCACCAAGUGCUGGUCUGAGGCACUGGAAUAACACUUGCAACCUCCACAUCCUCAGCCAUCUCACCUCCUCCUUUGCACACACAAGCUGCUCCACCAUCAUCACCAACCAGACGAGGACCACCGCCACUGGGUGACAAGAUUCCAGGAUGUUUGUGAAUUUCCGCCGGAUACGAAAAUGCCAGUGUGUGCAGCUGAUGACCACCUGCUUGGUGCUGUCACUGAUGAUGGUUUGCUGGGAACAGCUGGACAACAGCGUCGUCAGCCACGUCAAGUCCUACUCAUACCGCUACCUGGUCAACCGCUUCACCUACAUCAACAAGAGCCUCACCAUCCCACGUGAGCAGGCCAGAAGCUUCAGCAACUUCCGCUACCUGCUGGACCACCCGAAGAAGUGUGUAGGCAAGGACGUCCUCCUCCUCCUCUUUGUCAAAACGUCCCCAGAGAACAUUGAGAGGCGAAACGCCAUCAGAUCCACCUGGGGUAAUGAGACCUACAUCCAGAAUGCACUGGGAGUGACAGUCAAGGUGGUGUUCGCUUUAGGAGUGCCUCAGACCAGGAAGGGGGAGCCCUCGUGGAGCAAGAAGAGCGGGAUUGGUUUUCAGAAGCAGCUCAUCCUCGAGGACAGUCUCCAUGGUGAUUUGGUCCAACAAGACUUUUUAGACUCCUUCCACAACCUAACCCUGAAGCUCAUCAUGCAAUUCCACUGGAUGCACAACCGCUGCACACACGCCCGGUUUCUCAUGACCGCCGACGACGACAUCUUCGUCCACAUGCCCAACCUGGUGAGCUACCUGCAGGAGAUGAGCAGCAGAGGCGUCACAGACUUCUGGAUUGGUCGAGUGCACAGAGGAGCUCCGCCAAUCCGCAGCAAAGACAGCAAAUACUAUGUGUCUUAUGAGAUGUACCAGUGGUUGUCGUACCCAGACUACACAGCUGGGGCCGGGUAUGUUGUCUCCAGCGACGUAGCGGACAAAAUCUACCAUGCCACGCUGACCCUGAACGCCUCUCUUUACAUAGACGAUGUGUUUAUGGGCAUCUGUGCCAAUGCCGUCGGUGUGUCACCACAGGAGCACGUCUAUUUCUCAGGUGAGGGCAAAGCUCCCUACCACUUGUGUAUCUAUGACCAGAUGAUGACGUCACAUGGUCAUGUGGAGGAUAUCUAUGACCUGUGGAAGGCAGCUACCCACCCGCAAGUGAAACAAACAACUUCUGGACUCAUAGGGAGGCUGUACUGCACAGCUGUGAAAAUGUCUUUCCUUUGUAAACCUUACUAUUUUAACACCUAUCCUUGCAAGGCAGCCUUUGUUUAGUCCGGGUUGGGUGUGUCAGUGUGCGACAGAGAGAGAGAGAGAGAGAGAGGGAGUGUGUCAUAGGUCGUAAUGAAAGGAUGAUCAUCGCUGAAUAUUACCUCAGUCCUUUCAGUUGGACACCCAUGUCAAAACACUGGAGCGCGUGUUCACUGUCGAGAGACCGGGCGGUUCAGGUUUGUCACUGUUACUGUGAGAUCACCAACGUGUCAAUGACCUCUAGUCUUGGUGGUUUAAUAAUGUGAUAACACUGGCUUUGCAUGGACAGCAGAAUGUGUUAAAGAAUGGGUCCUAGAAAGAUGCUGUUGUCUAAACUCAAAACAAGAUUUUAACUGAUGAACUAGUUGAUAAAAGAACAUACUUGUCUUGGAUUCUGCACCCUUCUGCUGCUAAAAACAAAAUGUUUGUCGAAACUUUUUCCAAACUAUAAAAACAUAACAGGGCCACCUCUCUCACUGGCGUUUACCUCAAAUAAAUACACUUUUUAAAACUUGAGGGAGCUAUAGGAGGUCUGUGUUUCUAAACUGAUGAUGCAAAGCAGAAGGAACACAUUUGGUUCCUGGUGUGUGAGUGAAAGUGAAAACCAUAUCCUGUUGGUCAGUGAUGUGUCAAAUCUUAAAAUGUCUCCAUGUCAUUAAAAGUGCAAAAUUCUUCACAUCAAAGUAGAGUAGAUGUUUAACUGCAACGACUUUACAAACAAUUCCUGUGCUGAAAUAAUUAUGAUGUGUGGUUGUUAUAAGAUCUUUUUUUGUAAUUUGUAAUUUGUGAAAUAUGUUUUUUAAUUAAAUAAAAUCUCCAAAGUGAAAGUGU